CUCGUCCUGACGACGCUCGCGUCGCUCCCGACGCUCGCGACCGCGUUCAAGGCUGCCGACUUCAAGACGUGCGCGACGUCGUCGUUCUGCGCGCGGCACCGCGAUCGCGCCUCCUCGGACCGCGGCGCCUACCGCGUCGCCGCGGGCGGGUUCGCGAUCUCGGGCGACGCGGACCCGGAAAACACGAGUUCUUCUUCCACCGCGCCGCUGCGACUCAGGAUAUCCGCGUACGAUAAGGGCGUCGUCCGCGUCCGCGUGGAGGACCCGAGCGCGCCGCGGUACGAGGUCCCGGACGUGGUCCUCCCAGAGCUGGAGACGGACGGCGCGAUGGGAUUUUCAUCCGAGACGCCGGUGGGGUCGGAGGUUAAGGUCGUGAUCGAGCACGCGCCGGUGAAGAUAACGACGCUCGUGGACGGCGUCGAGGCGGUCGUCUUCAACGCGAACGGCGCGUUUGAGUUUGAGCGGCGAAAAACGAAAUCCGAGGAGGACGCGCCGCCGCCCGAACCUUCUCCGGAGACGUUUAAUUCACACACGGACUCGCGCCCGAACGGCCCGAUGGCGCUGUCGUUCGACAUCACGUUCCCGGACGCGUCGCACGCGUACGGCUUACCCGAGCGCGCGACGACCAUGUCGCUGCGAGAGACGAAAGCCGCCGACGGCGCGAUCGCGACCGAGCCGUACCGCUUGUACAACCUCGACGUGUUCGAGUACGAGCACGACUCCCCGUUCGGAUUAUACGGCUCGAUUCCGAUGCUGCUCGGGCACUCCAGCCGGCCGCCGCGCGUCCACGGGGUGUACUUCAACAACCCCACGGAGCUGUACGUGGACGUCACGAAAGGCGGCAGCUCAGGUGGCAUCUCUUCGCACUGGAUGGCCGAGAGCGGCGCGUUCGAUCUGUUCAUCUUCCCCGGCCCGUCGCCCCGGGAGACGAUGCGGCAGUACUCGAUGAUCACCGGCGGCACGGCGAUGCCGCCCGCGUUCGCGCUGGGAUACCACCAGUGCCGGUGGAACUACAGGGACGAGGCGGACGUCGCCGCGGUCGACGCCGGGUUCGACGAGCACGACAUCCCGUACGACGUGUUGUGGCUCGACAUCGAGCACACGGACGGGAAGCGGUACAUGACGUGGGACGGCGCGACGUUUCCGACGCCGAGGCGGAUGAUCGAAGACGUCGCGAGCCGCGGUCGGAAGAUGGUCACGAUCGUGGACCCGCACGUCAAGAAGGAUGCGAACUACCCCGUAUACAAAGAGGCCGAGAGUAAAGGCUUAUUCGUGAAGCAGAAGGACGGCGUCGGCGACUUCGACGGGUGGUGCUGGCCCGGGAGCAGCGCGUAUCUGGACGUGACGUCGCCCGCGGUGAGGGCGUGGUGGGCGGAUAAGUUUUCGCUGAAAAAUUACCAAGGCAGCACGAAAGACCUGUACAUAUGGAACGACAUGAACGAGCCGUCCGUGUUCAACGGCCCGGAGAUCACGAUGCAGAAGGACUUGAUUCACCACGGGAACGUGGAGCACCGGGAGGUGCACAACGCGUUCGGGAUGUACUAUCACGCGGCGACGGCGGCUGGAAUCGAAAAGAGAAACGACGGCGAACGGCCGUUCGUGCUGUCGCGCGCCUUCUUCGCGGGGACGCAACGCGUCGGGCCGAUAUGGACCGGCGACAACGCCGCGGAUUGGAACCACUUGCGGGUGUCGCUGCCCAUGGUGCUCACCCUGGGCGCGACCGGUCUCGCCUUCUCCGGCGCCGACGUCGGAGGUUUCUUCGGCAACCCCGACGGGGAGCUCAUGACGCGGUGGUACCAGACCGGGAUUUACUACCCGUUCUUCCGCGGGCACGCGCAUCUGGACACGAAACGUCGCGAGCCAUGGCUGUUCGGGGAGCCGUACACCGCGCUGAUUCGCGCGGCGAUUCGCCGGCGGUACCAGCUCAUGCCGUAUCUGUACACGUUGUUCGAAGAGGCGCACCGCGACGGCGCUCCCGUGAUGCGACCGCUGUGGUACGAGUUUCCGAACGAUCCGCACGCGGCGGCGAAAGAGGACGCGUUCAUGCUCGGCCCCGCGCUGCUCGUUCACCCGGUCACGACGCAGGGCGCGAGCUCCGUGGAGGUGUAUUUACCCGCGGGGGUGUGGUACGAUUACGACACGAACGAGAUGCACGCGGGACCGAAGACGUUUUCAGUCGCGGUGACGCUCGCAGACACGCCCACGUUCGUGCGCGGGGGGCACGUCAUCGUCCGCAAGGAUCGCGCGCGUCGAAGCACGCGCGCGAUGACGCAUGACCCGUUCACGAUCGUCGUCGCCCCGGACGAGAGCGGGAAGUACGCGUACGGGGAGGUGUACCUCGACGACGGAAAAAGUUACGCGUUUGAAGAAAAAGACGCGUUUUCGCGCAGGCAGAUCAUCUUCGAGGACGGCGACUCGCUCGUGUGCGCCGCGAAGUGGCGCGGCGGGUCGUGGGGGUGGACCACGCACGACGCGGAGCAGAAACAUCUCGAGGGCGACCCGCUCGCGUUCCCGGAGAUCGCCGCGGAGGUGGAGAGGGUCAUCGUGCUGGGUCCGCGGCGAUUCGGCGAAGACGCAGAGGUGAGGAAUAAACGGAAGGAGAUUCACCUCGUGAGCGCGAGCGGGAAGGAAGGGUCGCCCGCGGCGGCGACCGCGGUCAAGAAGCCCGGGGUCGUUCUCGCGCAGGACUGGAGCAUCCUCUUCAGCGUCGCGGACUGACGCGACGGACGGACGGAUCGACGAAAGCGAACGCGGACGCGAGCCCGCGACGACGACGUAGUCCGGUCAAUGU